AGCACAAAGCCGUUUUGUUUCCGUCGGCGUUCCUCCCUCCUUCGAAACCUCUUCAUUCCCUUUACGCGCAAAACCAAUCUCUCUCUCUCUAAGGAUCCGUCUGUGUACGACGGCGGAUCACAACCAUUCCGAAGCCCACCCCAAGCACAUCGAAUUUCCCGGCGAGAUCUCGGCGCUACACAACCCGAUCCGCCUCAUUAUUCGGGUAGAUCCAAGUGAUGGCUCCGGUUUCAGCCCUCGCCAAGUACAAGCUCGUGUUCCUGGGCGAUCAAUCCGUCGGAAAAACCAGCAUCAUCACCCGAUUCAUGUACGACAAGUUCGAUAACACGUACCAGGCUACUAUUGGCAUCGACUUUCUAUCAAAGACCAUGUAUCUGGAAGAUCGUACAGUACGAUUACAGCUCUGGGAUACUGCUGGUCAAGAAAGGUUUAGGAGUCUUAUUCCAAGUUAUAUUAGGGACUCCUCUGUUGCAGUUAUUGUGUAUGAUGUUGCAAGCAGGCAAUCAUUCUUAAACACCGCAAAAUGGAUUGAGGAGGUUCGCACUGAGCGAGGGAGUGAUGUUAUAAUUGUCCUUGUGGGCAAUAAAACUGACCUUGUUGACAAAAGACAAGUCUCGAUAGAGGAAGCAGAAGCCAAAGCUCGUGACAUGAAUGUUAUGUUCAUAGAAACCAGUGCGAAGGCUGGCUUCAACAUAAAGGCAUUAUUUCGGAAGAUUGCUGCAGCCCUACCUGGAAUGGAAACACUAUCUUCAACAAAGCAAGAAGACAUGGUUGAUGUAAAUCUCAAGUCCAGCAACCCUAAUGCAUCUGUGUCUCAACAACAGUCCGGAGGAUGUGCCUGUUGAGGAUUGUUGUGUCAUUAUCUGUAAAGCUCUUCUCGUGAUAACAUUAUAAAUUUUGGGUUUUGUUGUUUUUUUGAAGUUCAACUCGAACAGGUAGUUAUGAUUGCAGUCAAACCGGUCCGAACCUUUGUCAAGUGUUGUCAGUGUGAUUCUCGUGGGAUGAUUAGUGAGAAUGAGCGAAUGACUAUUAUUUUGUCGAGGUUUCAUGUUAAGCACCUGUCCGGAUUCCGUUCAGCUUUAUUAAUGAAAUUUUGGGUUCGAUUUGUCGCA